AUGAGCUCAUCAAACGAGAAUGAACUGUCUUCAAAUGAAGACCCAAUGAAUUCACAGCGUAACACAGAAUCUGUCUCCAACCAGUUUUCUGUUGAACGCAGGAGCAGGGAGUUCAUUUGGAAGACUUUCAUCGUAGCGUCACUCCAGAUUGCAAUUGUGUGGGAAAUCUGUGCCUUCGUGUUACUUACAAUUCUGGGGACACUUCUGCAACUGGAAAUGCUGCUUAUACCACAAUUACAAUUCGCCUUCCCCUACAAUUAUAUGUACUUGAUAGUAACUACAAUAAUCAUCGCUUUUCCCGCAGCUGUACCGCUUAUCGAUGUAGAAAUCUGGUGGACGUUUGUCACAUGGAUUAUUACAAUGCUUAUUGCAGGAAUUGUUGUGGCUGUCAGUGUACUUAGGAGAUUCGAUUUGCUCAAAAGUUUCGGCCCGUUCAUUCUUGCCACAUUCGUCGUUGAAUUAUUCUUUUGUGUGGUAUUCUUCCCUUUCAUUUAUUUUCAAGAAUACGAUAUACUCAUCAUGCUGUGUGGAUUCGCCAUGAUAUGGACAGUUAUUUCGGAGAUAGCUAUCAUUAUUCAAGCUCUUCUUGGCGAUAGACGAUUCACAUUUCGAAAUGAUCAACACGUACUCUGUGGAUUGGUAAUUGGCACGUUAAUUGUCUGGCUGCAUUUGCUCGUUUCAACGGAGGUGGCCAUCUUCAACGUGCCAAUUAAUCUCACCGGGGACACGAGUGGGGGUCGUCCAUUAGGCAGAUAAAUAUCAGGAAUUGUAACAGAUAAUUUGAUGGCAAAUUCAAUGUGAUUAUUACUUUUAAAAGUUCAAUAAAAUCGAUAAUAUGUUCCUGAGUCUCAAUAAUUUCAACACAAAUGUCAAAUAUCACAAAUCAGUAGCAACUCAAUAAUUUGAUAUUCAGUAGUUGAAAAGAGUGGGGAGAUAGGGUGUCACCAUGACUGAUACGUUACAUCCACCACAUAGAACUGGACACUGACUAUUGGUCAACCAUUCACGGAAUAGCAUCCUAGAGCAGAUAAGAAAUCACCACUGCAACUUCAUACUGAAAUGGUACAAAUGGUGGAGCCACUUAUAUCGUCACCGUCUCAUCAGAGAGGCACAGCCUGCUGAAAUCAAUAAGUUCAAGUACGGAAAGCUUUUAACAUUCUUAUGAAUGUCAGAAAGUGUUACCUAAAAUAAGUCUUAAGAUCUAAUGAACAGUACUCAGAAAUUUCACUUUUAUACCUUAUACACUGAAAAUCCAAGUUUAAACAGAAAGCGAAAUAUCCAAGAUACAAAACCAAGAGAGUUCUGUUAUAAGGAAAAUAAGUGGUGGAUAGGACGAUAAUUAAUUAACUGAUUAGUUGAGUAACUGAAGUUAUCUAAACCAAUUAUAAGCAAAAGACAUUACAGCGACGGAAAAGACAUCCAUGCCAAGAUCAAGUAACUUAAUUAAAGAGAGAGUAGGUACAUCUAGUUGCCAGGAUAAGGCAGGACAGACAGCUACCUCUUUCUGAACGCAAAUCAAGUCUCAGGAAUUUCACAGUAAUUGCUUUGGUCAAGCUAAAGAGAACUGAAUAAUUCUACCCUUCGAAAAUGUCAAAGGAUUUCAUGCUGUACACCUUGAGCGUCUUGUCCAUAGACUACCAAAAACUUUGAAAUAACUUUGAAAUAAAUACUUGAUUCCUUUAUUUCAUUGCAUCAAAUACCCUCAACAAAAAACUGCUAUUUGGUUUAGAGAGGAUUUGGAAACAUUUCGCUGAGGGAUGACUGUGCUUACCGUGGAAGAUCCAUUUCAUUCCACCGAAAGCCUGAAACACACGAACAUAUCCGACAAGUUUAUGAUGUAACAUCCACGUUCAGAAAGAACCGACCUAAUACAACUAUCGAUUUUAUUUUUCAGCAUUCUGAUCUUCUUUCUGUAAACAUCUACUACUAGUGCAUUCCUUGGAUAUACAGUCCCAGUUUGGCAGCACACUUUACCAUUAAAAAGAUGGUGACGAUUUGGGAAAUCCACCGAGCAGACAUCUAUGCAUCUGAACCUGAUAAAAUACUGUAAUCGAUGGAACAACGCCUUGUGGUUAACACAUUUGUAGCAUGCCAAAAAUUAAGCCUUGCGUUCAACCUACUUUGACUGUCCACAUAAAAAUACUGACUUCAAUAUGGAACAUGAGAUUGAUGAGAAGUGAGAUUGUCUUGCUAAGUCUGGAAAAUGACACUCGCCAGAGAUGUAUUCACUGGAAGCUUGUAUUGAAAGGACAAUUCAUGCAUUUUCAAGAGUUUUCGAUUUAUACAGCGAGAAGAAUGUGAUCAACAGAAGAUGAACUAGUGCAUAGAUGAACAACAUAAAGAGAAGUUGAGUGCAAUAAACUGAUAAAUGCAUCAAAAAGCGAAUUGUAAAAGUCAUCAGCCUUCAUCAUUUUCAACUGCAGAUGUCAGCAUGAACGAGUAUGUUGCAACCAUUAGGUAACGGAAAACAAGAUAAAGAGAUGAACACUAUUCCGAAAUGAUGGUGGAUAUCAUUUGCAGUAAGCACAUGAAACAUGACCUGGGUUUCAAUAGCAGGGUCAAAUCACUGCUUUUAUAUGGUUAAUGGACCUAGCACAUCACGAAAAUCAUUCCCAACAGGCUGAACGCCUCCAUCUAC